AUGGACCACAGCUACCACAAAGGAAGACUCAAGUGGAUACCAGUGUCCCAAACCCACUACUGGCAGGUGAACGUGAACAGAGUGAUUACCAUCAUCCAGAACGUCAUCAAUGCCAAGCCUUUUGAUCAACAGUACCUGGUUCCAUGUAGCACCAUCAACAGCCUACCUAGUAUUAUCUUCACCAUCAAUGGCAAUAAAUACCCAGUGCCUGCUCAAGCCUACAUCUGGAAGGAACCCAUGGACUGUUCCUGUGAGGAGGUGCUCCUCUGCAAGCCAAGCCACACCACUGCCUAUACUGCUGAGCCCAUGAGGCUGGGCCACUGUACACACAAUCUCUUCAACCCUCAGUUGUCCACCACCCUCCGGUUCUCAGGCCAGUCCUUCAACCUGGGAUAUGGCGCUGGGAGGAUUGUUGGAAUUACUGCCUAUAACAUCGUUUGGAUCAUGAACCUUAUCAACCUGGGCCAGGCAUUUGUCCUGAGCCAGAAACAGAAUGGGUUGGUUGAUGCAAUCUUUGAUGGUGUCCUGGGCCUGGGCCACCCCAGCCUCACUGCCAAAAGGAUCAUUCCCGUUUCUGACAACCUGAAGACACGAGGUGUCAUUUCUAAGCCUGUUUUUGCCUUCUACUUAAGCACGAAGAAGGAGAAUGGCAGCAUGGUGAUGUUUGGUGAGGUGGACCACAGCUACCACCAAGGAGAGCCCAAGUGGAUAUUAGUGUCCCGAACCAACUACUGGCAGAUAACCACGAACCGCAUCACCAUGGUUGGGGUGAUUCUUGGUUGUUCCCGGAGCUGCCAGGCCAUUAUGGAUACUGGGACUGCAUUGCUGCUUGGCCCAACUAGAGUGAUCACCAUGAUCCAGAACCUCACCAAAGACAGGCCUUUUGAUCAACAGUACCUGGUUCCAUGUAGCGACAUCAAUAGCCUGCUUAGUAUCAUCUUCACUGUCAAUGGCAACGAAUACCCAGUGCCCACUCAAGCUACAUCCAGAAGGUUAGGGGCCAACCCAGGGGGCUAA